AUGAGCUUGAAAAGAUCAUUAAAUCAUUCAGAAAUAGAUGAUGAAAAAAAAAAAAAAAAAAUUAAUACAGAAAAAAAUGGUAAUGAAGAAAAAAAUUGUGAAGUGGAAACAUUUAAUGAAAAAGAAAAUGAUAAAUUAAAUUACUUAAAAUAUAACAGUAUCAUAAAGAUGUCAAACAUUUGUUCAAAUGAUUAUAUUAUUUCUAAUAAUUUAAAUGCAGAGUUAAAUUCAAACACAACAAAUGAUAACUACGAUGAUUGUAAGAAAUAUUUACAAAAUGAUAAAGAGAAAAAUUCUUGUGACGACAAUACAAAUUUUACAUAUGAAAAGAAUGAAAACAAUAAAAUAAAUGACUAUAUAGAAGAAAAAUCUGAAGGAGAAAUAAAGAAACAAAUGAAAAAUAAUAGCAUAAAGGAAGUUGAAUUAUUAGAUAAAAAACUUACUGAAUCAGACUAUAAAAUGAAUGAAGAUGCUAAUAUAGUUGAAAAAGAAAAAGUAGUAAAAAAAGAACAAAAUUUAAAAAAUGAAAAUUCUUUUAACAAUGAAGAAGAAAUAAAAAAAAAUGAAACUUCUUCGGACGACAAAGAAGAAAUAAAAGAAAAUGUAAAUUCUUCGAAUGAUAAAGAAGAAAUAAAAGAAAAUGUAAAUUCUUCGAAUGAUAAAGAAGAAAUAAAAGAAAAUGUAAAUUCUUCGAAUGAUAAAGAAGAAAUAAAAGAAAAUAUAAAUUCUUCGAAUGAUAAAGAAGAAAUAAAAGAAAAUGUAAAUUCUUCGAAUGAUAAAGAAGAAAUAAAAGAAAAUGUAAAUUCUUCGAAUGAUAAAGAAGAAAUAAAAAAUGAAAACACUUCGAACGAUAAAGAAAGAAUUAGUAACAGAACUAAUGCUACUGAUUACGGAAAGGAUAGGGAGGAUUAUAAGCAUAAUUAUCAAAAUUCAUAUUACAAUAUGUAUAAUAUGAAUGUAGAGAAUUAUAUGAAUUAUCCAUAUUAUUAUAAUCAAUAUUAUAAUGUUAUGCAGUCUAAUCCUUUUAAUAACGAUGUAAGUAAAGAAAAUUGUUAUAAUAUUAACGAAUUACAAAGAAAUAAAAAAGAAAAUUUAACUCAAAGAAGUAAUUUUGAAAAUGAAUUUAAAAUGGAUGAAAAUAACACAUCAAAUUUGAUGAACAAUAUUUCUAACGUAUAUGUGAAUAAUCCAAUAAAUAAUUCUAUGAAUAAUCAAAUUGAUUAUUCCACAAAUAACUAUUACAAUAUGUAUAAUUAUAAUUAUAUGAAUAAUUUGAAUUACAAUUAUUAUUAUAAUAUGUAUGAUAAAGGUUAUGAUUACACUAAAAAUUUAGAAAAUAGUAUAAAAAACUAUGAUUAUUGUUCUAUUAUUGAUAAGAGUAUAGAAUUAAUGAAAAAAAGUGAUAAAGUAAAAGAAAUAUUAAAAAACCCAGCAAGAUUACAAAUUACACAAGAUGAAUUAAAUAAAAUUGAAUACACGGAAGGAAAUGAACAAUAUAAUAUUUGGUUUGGCAAAUAUGUAACCGAUAGAUUUGAUAAAAGUUCAAAAAAUACUCCCCGAUUUGUUGCAAAAUAUAAAUGUAAUCCCUUAAAAGAUUCAGGUUAUACUAAAGCAGAUAAAGUAUACAAUAGUAAACAGUAUUUUUGUAUUUAUUUCGCAAGAGGUUGUUGUGCAUAUGGUCAUAACUGCUUAUAUAAACAUCGGAUUCCGAAUGAAAAUGAUGAAAUAGAAUUUGAAGCAUCUAUUGAUAUAUUCGGAAGGGAAAAAUUUAAUACCUUUAAAGAUGAUAUGACAGGUGUAGGCAAUUUUAAUAAUGAUUGUAGAACUUUAUUUAUUGGAAGUAUUUAUAUAAAUAAUUUAAAUGAAGUUUCUGUAAUUGAAAAAAUUUUAUAUGAUGAAUUUAUUAAUUUUGGGAAUAUUGAUUAUGUUAGAUUUAUCCCUAAUAAGAAUAUUGCUUUUAUUCAAUUUACUAAUAGAGUUAAUGCAGAAUUUGCAAAAGUAGCCAUGUCUGACCAACCUAUAGAAAAUCAUUCAACGGCAUUAACAAUAAAAUGGGCAUAUGAAUUAAAAAAUCAACCACAUCAUUUAAUUCAGUAUUAUAAUAAUCCAUAUAUAUAUAAUCAAAAUCAAGUUAUUUCUUCUACUUGGGAAAACUAUAUUAUGCAACAACAAUACAAUAAUGUAAUGUUUAGUGAUUAUAAUAAUAUUAAUAAUAAUAAUGCUGCAUUUACAGCUCAUUAUAAAAAAAUUAAUGACAGAUGUAAUAACUUAAGUAAUAGUUUAAAUAAAAUAGAUCAAAUGUUUGAUAUGCAAAAUAAAGAUAACAAAGAUGAUUCAUUUCCAGUAUACAUGUAA